AGUUUAUAAAAUAUUGUUGGUUUUACGAAAACAUGAAUAACAUAAGGAAAAUGUUUACCUGAUAGUGAAAUACAUUAAAAAAUUUAAUUUUAAUUUUAUUUAUUUAAAUUAAAUGAUUAUUAAUAGCGGUUGUUGAAUCUGUGCGCAGCUUGAGAAUGGAUGCUGAUAAGGAAGUUACAUUUCUUUUCCAAUUUGGAAUGGUACGUGAUGCUGCAUCUGUGAAUCAGAGUGAACUUACAUUAAAAACAUUGAAAGAUCUAGCAUGUGAAUUUAUAAAUAGUAAGUUUCCCGAUAAUGGCUUAAGUCGUUUACCAGAACGUUUGUUACUUUUUCGUCAUGAAUACAAUUCUACAAAUAUAUUGCAGCUAGUAAAUUCAGCAUCAGAAGUGGUUGAUUCCACGUUAAUUGAAAUUGUUUUAACAGCGACACAAGUACCACAAGAAGGAUUUUUAAGUCCUGAUUCAAAUGCUCCAGUAAUGCGACCUCAUGCUCUAAAUGUUCACUCUUACAAGGCACCUACAUUCUGUGAUUUUUGUGGUGAAAUGUUAUUUGGUUUAGUACGUCAAGGACUUAAAUGUGAAGGAUGUAAUCAGAAUUAUCAUAAGAGAUGUGUGUAUAAAGUUCCAAAUAAUUGUACUGGACAAAAUUUAAAUGUAAACGACAAAACCCGUCGCAGAUCGGGUAUUUUACAAUUACCACCCCGAUCACCAUCGGGUGGCUCAACUACAUCGAUCAAUUCAGCUAGUUCAACAAAUGUUGGUCAAGAAAAAGAUGAUAAUAAUCCAAUGUUAAGUAUUAAUAAUCGAUCAUUCGUCUCAACACCAACCACAUUCUCAACGCAACUUAGCAGUACCUCACGAAGUAGUAUUCGUAUUCCACAUACAUUUGUAUUACAUUCUUAUACACGUCCUACUGUAUGUCAAUUUUGUAAAAAACUUCUUCGUGGCUUAUUCAAACAAGGACUUCAGUGUAAAGACUGCCAAUAUAAUGCUCAUAAAAAAUGUAUCGACAAAAUACCGAAAGACUGUACCGGAGAAGUUGGAACAGGACAUUCAGGUACUGAAUAUGCAGACAGUUGUACAAGUAGUGAACCAGAUCGACUUUAUUCACGAAGCCUGAAUGAACAUUCACCACGUGAUGAUGAGGAUAGUGACAACGAAUUUAAAAAUCAAGAUGAAUUAAAAUCAGUGAACGACGAAACAAUACCAGAAAACUAUUAUUAUAAAAAUCAAUCAAAUGGUGAAGGUCAUCUUAUUGAUAUUAUACCAAGUCGUGAUAAUGAUGAUGAUGUAUCAGAUAAAUCACACCCAUCAAGUUCAUCGAGCUCACCAAGUGCCAAUAUACCACUUAUGCGAAUAGUUCAAUCGGUAAAGCAUACAAAAAGACGCGGAUCAAAAGUGCUUAAGGAAGGUUGGCUUGUGCAUUAUACAAAUAAAGAUCGAACCGUACGAAGGCAUUUUUGGAGAUUAGAUACAAAAUCCAUAACACUUUUUCAAAGUGAUCAAGGAUCCAAAUAUUAUAAAGACAUACCACUUUCUGAUAUUGUAGCUAUUGAUACGGCUCGUGCAAGACAAGGAGAUAUAAUGCAUUGUUUUGAACUAAGAACAACAUUGAUCGAUUAUUUUGUCGGGCAAGAGGGCAGUGAAGAUUCUGUACCGUCACCAGAUAGUGGCAUUGGUGCUUAUAUUGCAACAUCUUGGGAGACAUCCAUACGUCAAGCGUUGAUGCCAGUCACUGCAAAUUCGAAAAUUGAAAGGCGUGAUGAAAAUGAAAGUGAAGAAUCAGUUACAGAUAUGACACAAAUAUAUCAAAUAUUUCCCGAUGAAGUUUUGGGUUCCGGGCAAUUUGGUAUUGUUUAUGGUGGAAUUCAUCGGCGAACCAAUCGACCUGUUGCUAUUAAAGUAAUUGAUAAAUUACGCUUCCCUACGAAACAAGAAGCACAAUUAAAAAACGAAGUAGCUAUUCUACAGAAUUUAUCACAUGGUGGUGUUGUUAAUUUAGAAAGAAUGUUUGAAACCCCUGAACGAAUAUUUGUAGUUAUGGAGAAAUUAAAAGGUGAUAUGUUAGAAAUGAUUCUGUCACAUGAUAAAGGACGGUUAGGUGAAAGAGUAACUAAAUUUUUAAUUACACAAAUUUUAGUUGCACUUAAACAUUUACAUAGUAAAAAUAUUGUACAUUGUGAUUUAAAACCCGAGAACGUACUAUUAGCUAGUGAUAGUGAAUUUACUCAAGUAAAAUUAUGUGAUUUUGGAUUUGCAAGAAUUAUUGGUGAAAAAUCAUUUCGACGCUCAGUUGUUGGGACACCCGCUUAUUUAGCUCCCGAAGUAUUACGUAAUAAAGGCUAUAAUCGUUCGCUGGAUAUGUGGAGCGUUGGUGUCAUAAUUUAUGUUUCUUUAAGUGGUACAUUUCCAUUUAAUGAAGAUGAAGAUAUUAAUGAUCAAAUACAAAAUGCUGCCUUUAUGUACCCUCCAAACCCAUGGAAAGAAAUUUCGUCAGAUGCAAUUGAUCUAAUAAAUAAUUUAUUACAAGUAAAACAACGUAAACGAUUUACAGUCGAUAAAACAUUACAGCAUGUUUGGCUUCAGGAUUAUCAAACAUGGUGCGAUUUACGUGCAUUAGAAUCACAAGUUGGUAUACGUUAUUUAACACAUGAAAGUGAUGAUGCAAGAUGGGAUAAUUAUCAUCGUCAACAUGCAAUUACUGGACAUGUACAACGUCUUUGACCGCCUUUAGUACAACAAACGCAUACAUCAAAAGGUUGGUUACGAGCAGCUAAAUGUGCUUGGCAUCGACUCAUUGAAUUAUAGUAUAAUUUUUUCCUUUGUUACAUAUUUGUUAUGAUUAUUUUUUAAAUAACUUGCCAACUUUAUAUUAAUAGUAAUUAAAAUAACACAAGAAAAGUCACUUAAAAUCAAGUCAAUUAUCUUUUCUACAUUAUCUGAAACGUUCCGUAUUUAAAGAAUUAUCCAUUUUUGUCUUCCAUUCUAAAAGUUUAAAAGAAAAGCAUUAAAUUAAAAUUUUUUAGUAACGUAUGGAGGAUAAACUGGAAACUCCAAGACGUAUUGUAGAAAAUAAAGUUAAUAGCAUGAAAUAACAAAAAAUAUGGCAUAAAAUAGCUACAAUGCCCACCGUUGUCGUCCGAGCAAGAAUUCUUGAAUGUUAAAAUACAUUAAAGAAGGGUUUUUUAAUAUUUUAGAAUAUUCCAUACCUUUUGAAACAUUUUACAUCUGUCUCGAAAUCUGGUAACAUUCUAAAACAUUCUGUAACAUUCCUGCAAAUUCUAUAAUUUCUUGGAAAAUUAUAUACAUCACUGUUGACUCUCUCACACACUAAACGCCGCUCAAUACAUUUUUUACUCGAUUUACUAGAAAUGCCAUCUGUUAAAUAAAGAUAGAUAUGACUAUAUAUUUUUGUGACCCACGUCAUCCUACCGCUUCCAAAUUCGCUUAUUAUCAAGAGGAGGCUAAAAGAUGUCUACCAUCACAACUACAAGUGGGUUAACCUAAUACGAAAAGCUAGGAUUCACAGAAAUUUAUACCCUGUAUAUAUAAUAUCAAAGUAUAUUCCCUCAUUUCGACUCAUCAUGAAUUAUGAUAUGUUUGUGCUCCACAGUAGAACAAAGGGAGAUAUUGAACUCCUUGUAAAAUUUUGACCUCCUAAUUUUACUCCUUGUUAGAAGAAGCCGGUAAAGUAAAUUUAAAUUUCAUAAAAAUUGAUGCGUUUUUUCUUACAUUUUAAUAUUAAAG